GCUGGGCGCAGAUCGUGGGCGGCGGCUUCCCGAGACCUGCGGGCGUCUCCCAGCAGCAGGUCGUGACCUACGGGCAGAUCUCCUCUAUCUUCAGCGAGGUGCCGAACGGCGGCUCUGGAGCGAGGCGGAGCCCGCUGGCCCACGUCGCCGGCGUCGGCGAAGGCGGCCGUGGAACGCACAUGGGGCGCAGUGCGCCGUUCGUGGAGGCGCUGCCCGUGGCCCCCAAGAGGGACGACUUCGCGUGGCUCAGUGUGUGCUACACUCUGCUGUUCUUUUCGGCCUCGCCGCAGACGGGGGCGCCGUACGCGUUUGUGGAGCUUCCGAAGGUGGUGGUCGCUGGAGUCAACCACGACACCAACGUGAUCACGCUGGUGGGCGCUCCGGACGGCAGCAGGCACUCUGGCGUCCCAGGCCCGCCAGACCUGCCGACCGCGGGUGGGAUGGCGGAGGCCGCCGGCCAGGCCAGCCCCGACGACUCCACGCCGAGGGUCGGGUGCGGCAUCGCCAUCGUGCUGCUCCUCCCAGACGGGCGGUGGCAGGAAUUGAGCCUCAAGAAGCUCGAGCUCAGAGUGGCCUCCGAGGUGGAGCUGUUGGGUGCAGCGGCUCACCCGCACCUUGGUGCAACCGUCAACGCGCACUACAAGGUCGAGCUGAAGCCCAUCGACCCCAUAUGCAUCUGGCUGACGAAACACGGGCAGGAUCUUGUCGCGCUCUAUUGCGCGGAAGCCCGGCGAGAAGAAUGGAGCAAACACGUCUUCGGCCAGAUCGCCUGCGCCUCGUUUGACCCGAAGGCGACCCUUUUGGCGGCGGAGCCCGUCUGGAGGCGGAGGUACUUGACCAAGGCGAUCCUCGCCCGACUGGGUAGGACGCUUGGCCGCCCUGCCUGCGACGAGACAAGGACGUACCACGCGGCUGAGUGCGGAGCUCGUUUGGAGGCGUUGCUGGACGCGGGGGGCAUCGCGAAGGGCCUGGCAGUUCAGGCUGGGUCUCGAACCGAGGGUCCUCCACCCACAAGGGCAGUGACCAGGAAGAGGGGCCAGGCCGAGUCCGCGCAGCCAGCGGCCAGCGACGGCCAAGAAAGCAAGUGGCUCCAGGACUGGGAGACAGGGGCGGACGCCGCGAGGUGCAGGUUCGUGGCCACGCAGGUCGCGCGCCAGGUGCGCGAUGACACGCUUGCAGGCACGCCGCCCCUGAAGUUCGAGACGCUCGCGCUGGCGAUGGCGGCGGGGCUCGAGCGCGGCCAGAAGGUCUACCUGGUUGGCUUCUGUGACAUCAGCAACGCUUUCCUCCGCGCCACGAUGGGCGAGGACGUCUACGCGGUGCCGCCCGCUGGCGCGGUCGACCGGAAUGUGGCGUGGCAGUUCCUGAAGGCGAUCAAGGUCAUGGGAGCGCUGGUUGCUCAGGGUUUCAUCAGGCUGCAGGUGACGGUCGUGUUCUUCCACCUCGAGAGGGGCACCUGCGUGGAAGUGCACGGUGACGACCUCAUGGCGGUGGCUACCCGCGUCGACCUGCAGUGGCUGAACGAAGUCCUGGAGGAGAAGUUCAAGGUCAAGAGGUCUCCCUUGAUCGGGCCCUCGCAGGCCGGAGGUGAGGCUGCGCCUGGCAAGCUCCUGAAGCGGACGGUGAGUUGGACGGCAGAAGGCUUCCAUUGGGAGAGCGACACUAAACGCGCAGUGACUGUGGCGGAAGUGUAUCGGAAGCUGGCGACGACGAGAGAGAUCUCGCCAGCAUCGAGGGAUAUUGGGAAGGGCGUGCCGACGGCUCUGGACACCCUGAGCUACGACCCGCAGAAGGCCAUCCAGUCUUCAGCGCCGACGGCGUUCUACUUGGCCAUGGAUAGGCCAGACAUCCAGUUUUCGACGAGCUGGGUCAUGCGAGGCAUGCAGGAGCUGAUGGAGAUCCACGAGCUGGAGCUCAAUAGGCUGGCCGCGUACUUGGCGACCGACCCGCAUGUGAUGUGGCACUUCGAGUAUCGGGUGAUGCCGACGGGGAACGCGACCGUGACCGACUCCGACUGGGCCGGGGAUGAAGUGGCGAGGCGAAGCCGCGGGGGCGGCUUCGAGUGCGCGGGCAACGCGUGCAUCGACAGCUGCACUGGGCAGUGGAGACGCCGAGCGCGCGGAGAUACUAACGGAGCGGCCGGGGGCAUCUUCGCGAAGAACCUAUUCAAGGAGAUGUAG